AUUGCUGCUCAUCCGUUUGAUAGGUUUCCACAGUAAUCCUUAUGCUGCAUUAGAGACGUAGAUACAUAGGCACUGUGCUGUGUUCUUGCAGAACAUAGGCAAGGUGCUUAGUUGGUUACAUUAAAGAAGGACUACGACCCGGCAGAGCAGGUGUUCUUUGUUGCACAGCCUCGGUGGAUAAGGACCUGCAGCUAGCUGCAGGGGGAGGUCAGUGAAGGAGUCUCAGUUCACGAUAUUUCCUGCUGCAGAGAGUGCUUUAAGCAAAGAAGGCUUCGCUUGGCUUCUGACUGCAUUCCCUAAGAUCCUCAUUGCUUUUUAGCUCUGCCUGCAGUUGAGCACAAAGACCUGAAGGAGACUCCCACCGCCUUCAGGGAGAAGAAAGGAGGCAGCCAAGCCUAUUAAAAGGAACCUGUGGCUUGUGGCCUUUUUGCGCAGGGGCCUCCUGGAAGGGGAGAAAAGUGCACCGAAGCCACAGUGUCAGUUAAUGAGCUGUGAGAUGAGGCGUAGCCGCGGCUGACACUGUUUCCUGGAUCCUUCCUCUGCCCUUUGUGCUUCGUGUACAUGUGUCUGUUCAGGCCGGCCAGAGGCGCCCAGAAGAGCAUCCACCACGGCUGCCGGGGAAAGACCGCCCACCAUGCCCACGGAGACGCUACAGACAGGUAGCAUGGUGAAGCCGGUCAGCCCCGCAGGCACCUUCACUUCAGCGGUGCCCCUACGCAUCCUGAACAAAGGACCCGACUACUUCCGCAGACAGGCUGAGCCCAACCCCAAGAGACUCAGUGCAGUGGAGCGGCUGGAGGCUGACAAGGCCAAGUACGUCAAGAGCCAGGAGGUGAUCAAUGCCAAGCAGGAGCCGGUGAAACCAGCCGUGUUGGCCAAGCCCCCAGUAUGCCCAGGAGCCAAGCGCGCACUGGGCAGCCCCACUCUCAAGGUGUUCGGCAACCAUGCCAAGACCGAGAGCGGCAUGCAACGCGAGACCCUCAAACUCGAGAUCCUCAAGAACAUCAUCAACAGCUCUGAGGGUUCCAGCUCUGGCUCUGGCCACAAGCACAGCUCCCGAAACUGGCCACCUCACAGGGAUGCCACUGACCUGCACCGGCAUUCCUUCGCGGAGUCCCUGAAGGUGUACCCUACACCUGGCCGUGGCAGCCCACAGGAGAGCAGCUCCCACGUGAGCAGGAGGCUGCUGGAGCAGUCUGCAGAGUCCUUCCUGCACGUCUCACACAGCUCCUCGGACAUCCGCAAAGUAACCAAUGCGAAGCCCCUUAAAGCCAUCCCUUGCAGCAGUUCUGCCCCGCCCCUGCCUCCCAAGCCCAAGGUGGCUGCGAUGAAAUCCCCCGAGGCUGACCAGAUGGAACCAGUCUGUGGGGUCAGCCGGAGACCUUCCCUUCAGCGGUCCAAGUCAGACUUGAGUGACAGGUACUUCCGAGUAGACGCAGAUGUGGAGAGGUUCUUCAACUACUGCGGACUCGACCCAGAAGAGCUGGAAAACCUUGGCAUGGAGAACUUCGCAAGGGCUAAUUCUGACAUCAUAUCCCUCAACUUCCGCAGCGCAAGCAUGAUCAGCUCAGACUGUGAACAGUCUCAGGACAGUAACAGUGACCUUAGAAAUGAUGAUAGUGCCAAUGACCGGGUGCCAUAUGGCAUUUCUGCCAUCGAAAGAAAUGCUAGAAUCAUCAAGUGGCUUUAUAGCAUCAAACAAGCUAGAGAGUCACAGAAGGUGUCCCAUGUGUAAGAGGCACAGUGGUGCAAAGGAGGGAGGGUGGGUCUGUCUGUGCAUACACAGUUGUGAAGGUUGUGAGGUCUCCUUAAAGUGUUGUGAGCUUCUCCACUCUUUGUGUUGCUUGUUGUGCAAUGUUCUCAAGUUGCAUGCCUGUCAACAUGGCGACUGGCCUGGCUUCCUUCUCACAUCUCCGCAGAGCCUUGCUGACCACUCAUCUGCCAAAAGUCUCCGGCCAGAAUCUGAUUAGAGCUUUGCUCUUCAGCAAAACUGUUUACAGAGGGGGAAAAAAAGGUUUUCGAUUUCUUCAAUAUUUAUGUGGGGUUUUUUGUUUUUUUGUUUUUUUAUAUACCCCUGCACUAUUGUGUCUUAAUUAAAAAUUUUAUCAACUGGCUUUUAAGUUGAGAGCGGAAUCUUUGUGAAACAAAAGCCACUUUGCCUACACGGGAGACCAUAACACUGGGAAAAUAUAUGGGACUUCCUACGAGACCCAGAAUGACUGACAGCUUCGGAAACCAGGCAGUGGUUCGUGUGGAGUCAGGCGGUGGGCCUUGCCCUGUGCUUCGCGUGUGGGCAAUUCUCAUGCUGCCCUGUGUGCAGUGCGGUGCAUAUGCUGGAGGUUUUGUAGUAGCGACCCCAGGAAAGACAAUCAGAUAAGACCCAGGAUGAGGAAAUGUAGGAGGCUCAGUACUGAGAGGAGGGAAGAGAAACCGUUGUUGCUGUUCCAAGGGGGAUAAAUCAGAAAUAUCUAGUAUUAGCCUGACAGGAAGUGCCACUCUAAAGCUGAUUAAAGCUGACAUCGAAAUCUUUUUUUUU